CUCAUUUGUCGGAUUACGUUGGUUUGUUCUCCACCUUGGUGUCUAGACUCGGUCCAUUAUAUGCCAGCCAGGGACCCAAGAGUCUCGAAACGGCCUUCCAAAACAUCAUGUCAUGGCCAGAUCCGACACCCGGGGCCGAGCUAGAACUAACGUUCCUAGGCCAAGACCACAAGUUCAUAAUCCCAUUACCCAACCAAGCCCAAAUCCCAGACCCGAAGACGAAUUUCCCGCUACUUAAAGCGGCCUCGGGCUCCUUAACAGGACCGCAGAGUUUGCAAUACAUGAACCCGUUAGACUACCAUGUCUUAGCCUCGAACCCGACGACCUAUCUGAGCUACAUCUUGUUCGGCUCGAAUCCCAACACCUCUUCCUCCUCCUCGUCCCCUGCUUCUUCGGCCCUCAAUUCUUCGGCUGUCUCCACCCUCUCCGUCUCCGACCUUUGGCUGCUCUGGGAAAUCCUUAUUCUCGGCGAACCGCUCGUCGUCUUUGGCGCUACUCCUGAUAUUGUCUCUGAUACCAUCCUGCAUCUUAAAAACCUCAUCAGACCCAUUCCUUUUCAUGCCAAUUGGAGACCUUACAUUACCAUUCAUGAUCCGGACUUUGGCCUAUUAUUCGGGAAGAACAAGUCACGAGCGGUUGGUUUGAUUGGGGCGACCAAUCCGAUCAUCCUCACGGCGACCCACGCGUGGCCUAACGUCCUCAGUCUCAGCAAACAGGGCGCGAGUCUCAACCACCACAUCGGCCUUCUCACCGACCGCAAACGGGUCCUUCACAAAAAUAAAUCGGUCGUCAAACAGCUACUACUUUGUCUCGAACGUAAAGAUUACCAUCAUGCCGAUAUCGUUAUCUCGAGACAUUUCUCCGUGCUUACUGAGCAGUUCCUACAGCCCCUUCAACGAUACUUCACGACGCUACUACCGACAGCAGAAGGGACAGGGACGGAGCCACGCCGGACGGGAACGUUCAACUCUGAGCUAUUUCUGAAGUCAUUGAAGGAGCACACGACGGCCUUAGAGUUCCGGUCGCGGCUGAUGACCGGGUUCACGGCCUCGUCGGUCUCCGCGCCAGGCUUCUACACCGCCUUCCUCCGUUCGCCCAACUUCUCCGCCUGGCUCCAUCGUCAACUGGUGCUGGGAAAUCGGGCCGUCCGCGACCGCUUCUUCUCGAACUCUAAUCAGCUCAACAAACAGCCUAAAUCUCGCCCCGUCUCCUUCUCGCACUCCGAGGAACUUAACGAUAUCGAUAUCCCUUCCGUUAACUCGUUGCCCCCCUUUGUCUCGAAUGAUCCCUUUCAACAAGUCAUCAAGAAACUUCAUAACCAACUGUCCAAAAAGCCCGUCCCCACUGGCCUUCCGCCAAUCCCACCAACAGGCCAACCCAUUGAAGGACCCACAGAGCGGAGUAAGAAAGAGUACCCGAAGGUCGGUGAGGGAAGUCCGAGUGGAGGCAGUCAAGCGCACAGUCAUAGCUAUAACAACAACCAACGCAGUCCUAGUGAAGGAGGUGUUCUUUUGAGCUCCAAAAAGAAUACGCCAGGCUUAGGUUUGCAAGGGUUGAAGAAGAGUCGGACGAUCGGUGGAGGAGCCAGAGCCGGAGGGGAAGGAGGAGGUGGUGAUGGUGGAGGUGAACGGAAGAUGCGACGAAGCAGUAGCACGAUGAGUAAUGCCAGCAGUAGUAACACCACCACCUCCUCCUUAACCAGUCGGCGAAAGCCCGGAGGAUUGGACGGCCAACCGGCCGACGACGGGCUUUCUGGACACACCAAUUCCCGGCGCAGUCGCCGUCGUCGGCCUGAUAGUCUCCAUUCUUCAGCCAGUCCUACUACCGGUGGAAGCAGUAGUCCUACCUCUCUUUCAAGACCUGAGCUGGCCGAUUCUGCGGCCGUCCAUCAUCUUUCAUAUCCCAAUCCGGCCCCUUUCGAUCACUCCCAUCCAUCCGACAACCGCCCCCUUCGCUCGUCUUCUCAUCCGUAUCCCAAUCUCCCUGAUCAUCAUCCUCAUCCUGUUGCGGUCAAUGACUCUCUUAUCUCCUUAUCUCAUCCUCAAUAAUUCUUCCUCUCUCUUCUCUUCUCCACUUCAAUUUCUCUUUUCUCUCUCUGCUCUCUCUCUUUCUUUUUUCUCACUUGGGAUAUGUCUCGUUUUUUUUUUUUUUGGGGGGAAGGGGGGAGGUUGGUGUUAUUCAAUC